UAAAGAAUUUUAUGUAUUUUAAACUAAAAAAAAAAAAAAAUCCAAAAAAAAUGAGCGCCACCACCGCGAAGCUACUCCGCCGCCUCUUCUCGUCGGCGCCGCUCCCUCCGCCGCCGCGCGCCGCCCCCCUCCGCCGCGUCGUGGUGACAGUAGGGUUGGGAGCGGUGACUCCGCUGGGGUGCGGGGUGGGUCCCGCGUGGCGCGCCCUCGUGGAGGGGCGGUGCGGGGUGCGGGCGCUGGCGCCGUCCGAUCUCCGGAUGGACGGCUUCGAUGAGGCCGCGGUGGCGCACACCUACGACCAGCUCCCCUCCAAGGUCGCCGCCGCGGUCCCCCGCGGCAAGGAGGAGGGGGAGUUCGAUGAGGAUGCGUGGAUCCAAUCCAAGGAUAAUAAAUCUGUAGCCAGAUUUAUAGCAUAUGCGCUAUGCGCAACUGAUGAGGCUCUUAGAGAUGCAAACUGGUUACCAACUGAAGUUGAAAAGAAAGAAAGAACGGGUGUUUCAAUUGGUGGGGGAAUUGGAAGCAUCCCAGACAUUUUAGAUGCGUCACAACUGAUUUGUGAAAAGCGUUUACGUCGGCUUAGCCCAUACUUCAUCCCUAGGAUAUUGAUCAACAUGGCAUCGGGGCAUGUCAGCAUGAAGUAUGGAUUCCAAGGUCCAAACCAUGCUGCUGUGACAGCCUGUGCCACUGGGGCCCACUCUAUUGGCGAUGCCGCAAGGAUGAUUCAAUUUGGAGAUGCGGAUGUUAUGAUUGCUGGAGGAACCGAGUCCAGCAUUGAUGCUCUAUCAAUUGCUGGUUUUUCUAGGUUGAGGGCAUUGAGUACAAAGUACAAUUCUCUCCCUCAAGUUUCUUCUCGACCAUUUGAUUGCGGUAGAGAUGGAUUCGUGAUUGGUGAAGGUUCCGGUGUCAUGGUGUUGGAGUCACUUGAUCAUGCAAAGGAACGAGGAGCGAAAAUUUAUGCAGAAGUCCGAGGAUAUGGAAUGUCCGGCGACGCUCAUCACAUAACUCAACCACAGAGUGACGGAAAGGGUGCUAUUUUAUCCAUGAAGCGGGCAUUAGAACAGUCCGGGCUUCAUCCAAGUCAAGUAGAUUACGUAAAUGCUCAUGCCACAUCAACUCCUCUAGGUGACGCAGUAGAAGCCCAUGCUAUCAUGUCGGUCUUCUCAGACCAUGCAACAUCAGGUGCUCUAGCGUUGUCCUCCACAAAGGGGGCUACUGGUCAUCUACUUGGAGCAGCCGGGUCUGUUGAAGCGAUCUUCACUGUCCUAGCUAUCCACCAUGGGAUUGCUCCUCCAACACUCAAUCUCGAGAGACCGGACCCGGCUUUCGAAGGAGAAUACAUGCCCUUAAGCGCCGCGAAGACGAUGCAAAUACGAGCCGCGCUUUCCAACUCUUUUGGCUUCGGCGGGACCAAUGCUUCUCUCUUGUUCUCCGCCCCGCCUUAGUGUGCAAUGAUUGGUCUAUCGAGAAAGACGGAAAUUAAACCUUACCAUUCAUCUGGUCCCAGGAAUGGAACAAGAGAUUGAUUGAUCUUCCUUUUCUUUUUCUCAAGAACAGUAAAUGAAAUUGAUUGGAAGAACCUUUCCUGCCACUUUUGAGCUAUUUCUUCAUUUCUUGUGACAAAUUUGACAAAUUUGAAUCUUUUUCAAGAGAGAGAGAGGAGAGUAUCUGCGCUGUAAUUUAUGAGCAUGUAUUGUGAGCUCCAAUUUUGAAAGCACAUCAAAAUCUCGGCGCUGGGUCUCGGUUGGUAUUGUUGCUGUUUUUUCAUUUUUUCGUGUGUUUAAAUACAAAUUUUGUAUGGUUGAUACGCACCAGUUGAUGGCCAACAAGGGGUUGAAUUGCACCGAAAUUUUGGUGCUUGAACUUUUAA